GAGUCACAGCCACCUGGAUUCAAGACAGGAGAGGAGAAACCUGCCUCAGGGCAAGGCACUCCAGUGCAGCUGGGGCUCUGCCGACAGUUCCACUUGGGGACGCUGGACACAGGGGGCCCGCUGAGUCAGCUGGUCCUGAGAUCUCAGUAUCCCUGGAGUGAUGAUGAUGGUUUGCAGCCUUCCUUUUGGCUGGCAGCAUCUUCUCAAGGGAGCAGCAAGAGAGUUUACCAUCUGCUGUCCACACAUCCUUGCACUGGACUGCUGUUUCCCUGGACUCUUCUUCGAACUUCUCAGGAAGUCAAAAGCAAAGCCCAAUGGUAAGAAGCCUGCUUCGGAGGAGAAGAAGAUGUACCUGGAGCCAGAGCAUACUAAAUCCAGGAUCACCGAUUUUGAGUUCAAGGAGCUGGUGGUGCUGCCCCGGGAGAUCGACCUCAAUGAGUGGCUGGCCAGUAACACAACAACAUUUUUCCACCACAUCAACCUGCAAUAUAGCACAAUUUCAGAAUUUUGCACAGGAGAGACAUGUCAGACGAUGGCGGUGUGCAACACACAGUACUACUGGUAUGACGAGCGGGGAAAGAAGGUCAAGUGCACAGCCCCUCAGUACGUCGACUUCGUCAUGAGCUCCGUGCAGAAGCUGGUGACCGACGAAGACAUGUUCCCCACAAAAUACGGCAGAGAAUUCCCCAGCUCCUUCGAGGCCCUGGUGAAGAAGAUCUGCAAGUACCUGUUCCACGUGCUGGGCCACAUCUACUGGGCCCACUUCAAGGAGACACUGGCCCUGGAGCUGCACGGACACUUGAACACACUGUACAUCCACUUCAUCCUCUUCACCAGGGAGUUCAGCCUGCUCGACCCCAAAGAGACCGCCAUCAUGGACGACCUCACCGAGGUGCUGUGCUGCAGCCCUGGUGGGGGCGGGGACGGGGACGGGGCCAGUGGCGGGGCCUCAGGGGCACAGAACCACGUGAAGGAGAGAUGAGCCAGGCUGGACGGGUGCACAUGUGCAGAGACGAGCGUGCGUCUGCGUGUGCGCACACGUGCUGGGCACGCCGAGGUGCGAGGGCCUGGGGCCGCCCCGAGUGCGGGCUCCACAGGUGCGCUGGGGCUGCAGCGUGCUUCCUGGCUUCCCUGUUGGAUGGAUGAGUGCUAUUUGUAGCAGCAAGCCUGGGAUUCAUUCAUUCAUUCAACAAACAUUUAUCGGACUGACGUUUGCAUUUUCUUACAUGGGGUUUCCCUUUCUUGGGUCUUCUGUGUGGCGCUUGCCCUCCCUCGGCCCCUCCCGGGGCUGUCACUUCGUGGAGGAGGAGGGCCUCUCUCCGGGGCUGGACCUGCACACCCGGCCGGGUUCUGCUCUGUUUCGGGGUGGGGGUUAUAUCAGAGACCCUCCCCUGGCCUUGCCUGGGUCCUGGCUCUUUGUGGCUCUGCGUGGGGGUGCCAGGGUGACCCACCAAGACCCACACCUGCUGCUUGCUCUCGCCACCCCUUCUUGCUGCCUCCCCACGCCCAGCAAGGGUACACAGAUGCUGGGCGAGGCCGGCCGUGGCUCUGUGCGGAGACGCAGCAGGCAGAGAGGCAGAGAUCGCUUUAGUCCAUCUGUUCAGUCGUAAUAAACAGAAUUCUCUCAGGUCA